CAGGGACUGAAGUUCAGUGCAGUGUUUAAGUCAUCUUCUGGUCAUAAUGGAAGCCAAGAAUGAACUAAGAAGUGAAAGGCCAUGGUCAAAGGAACCAGCCAGGACUUCACCACGGCAGUCACAGGACAAGUUCAGCAGAAUGAUGAAUGAAAACAAUAAUGCAUUUAAAAAUGUCCGCCGAAAGCCAGGCCUUCAGAUAUGGACCAUCAAUAAAAUGCAAAUGGAUCCUGUUCCACCGCAGGCCUUUGGCAAUUUCUUUGAGGGAGACUGUUACAUUGUUCUAUAUAUAAGUGAGAAUAAAGGCUCCCGCCAGUCUGCUGAUAUCCACUACUGGGUUGGAAGAACCUCCUCUCAGGAUGAACAAGGUGCUGCUGCCAUCUACGUCACCCAGCUGGACGAGCACCUGGGUGGGAGUCCGGUCCAGUACAGGGAGGUGCAGGGCUACGAGUCACCGCGGUUCAGGAGUUACUUCAAAAAUGGCCUGAUCUACAAGAAGGGUGGAGUGGCCUCAGGUUUCAACCACGUUGAAACAAACGCCUACAACGUCCUGCGACUGCUGCAUGUCAAAGGGAGGAAGGAUGUCACAGCAACAGAGGUGGAGGUGUCAUGGAGCAGCUUUAACAAAGGAGAUAUAUUUCUUCUGGAUAUAGGGAAAGCUAUAGUGCAGUGGAACGGCCCCCAGAGCAACAGAAGAGAGAAGCUCAAGGCGGUCUUGUUGGCUCAGGACAUCCGGGACAGGGAACGCGGAGGUCGCGCUCAGAUCGGUGUUGUGGAGGGAGGAGAUGAGCGGAGCUCGCCCGAGCUCAUGAAAGUCCUGACGACUGUGCUCGGACCAAAACCGGCACAGCUGAAGGAAGCCACUUCCGAUGAUGUGCCUGAUAGUGCGCAGAAAAACAGUGUCCGACUCUACCACGUUUAUGACAAUAGUGGGAAUCUAGUGAUUCAAGAAGUGGCCAAACAACCUCUGACACAAGAUCUUCUGAAAUCCUCGGACUGUUUCAUUCUGGACAACAAAGGGUCUAGUGUGAUGGUCUGGAAAGGAAAGAAGGCCUCCAAAGAAGAGCGACAAGGAGCUAUGAAUCGGGCACUGAGCUACAUUAAAGCAAAAAAGUACCCAGCCAGCACCACUGUGGAGGUGAUGGCUGAGGGAGCAGAGUCAGCAAUCUUUAAGCACCUGUUCAAAUCCUGGACAGACAAAGACCAAACUCAGGGCCUGGGUACCACACACAACGUUGGAAAGAUAGCUAAGGUCGACAACGGAAAGUUUGACGUGAUGGAGCUCCACGCGCGCCCUGAACUGGCAGCACAGUACCGCAUGGUGGACGAUGCAUCAGGAGACGUUGAGGUGUGGCGCAUUGAGAAUUUGGAACUGGCUGAAAUAGACCCAAAAACCUACGGGCAGUUUUAUGGAGGAGACUGCUACUUGGUGCUGUAUUCAUAUAAAAGAGCAGGUCAGCAGCAGUACAUACUCUACAUGUGGCAGGGACGCCAUGCCACAAGCGAUGAGAUUGCAGCAAGCGCCUUCCAGGCUGUCAAUAUUGAUAACAAGUACAAUGGAGCCCCAGUUCAGGUCAGAGUGGUCAUGGGAAAGGAGCCCCGCCACUUCCUGGCUAUUUUCAAAGGCAAACUUAUCAUUUUUGAGGGAGGAACAGGUCGACCUGGUGUGGUUAACCCUGCCAAAGAUGCCAGGCUCUUCCAGGUGAGAGGGACUAAUGAGCUGAAUACUAAAGCCACAGAGGUGGUGGCCAGGGCCGCUUCUCUAAGCUCCAAUGACGUCUUCCUGCUGAAAACUGACAAUAUCUCCUACCUGUGGUAUGGAAAGGGCUGUAAUGGGGAUGAGAGGGAGAUGGGGAAAGCGAUGUCUGACGUGCUGUCCAGGCAUGAGAAGCGGGUGGUGAUGGAGGGCCAGGAACCUGCUGAAUUCUGGAUAGCUUUGGGUGGAAAGGGCCCCUAUGCCAGUGACAGGAGAUUCGAGAGGGAGGAGCCGCUUCACAGUCCCCGGCUGUUCGAAUGCUCCAAUCAGACGGGGCGCUUUAAGAUUACUGAGGUGGAUGAUUUCGCCCAGUGUGACCUAGAUGAAGAUGACGUCAUGUUGCUGGACACCUGGGAAGAGCUUUUUUUGUGGAUCGGUACCUCCUCCUAUGAGUAUGAGACCAAAGAGGCGUUGAACAGCACGCGGGAUUACCUGAGAACUCACCCGGCUGGACGUGACCCUGACACGCCCAUCAUCUUUGUCAAACAGGGAUACGAGCCGCCCACCUUCACCGGAUGGUUCAACGCAUGGGAUCCCCACAAGUGGAGCGGAGGCAGCUCCUAUGAGGAGAUGAAAAACAAGCUGAGUGAUUCAACAUCUAUCUCACAGAUCACUCUAGACCUGCAGAACACUAAGCUGAACAAGACUCCCGUUGGGGGAGGUGGGGGUGGUUACAAGGCACCUGGGGGCCCCCUAACUUCUCCGCCACCCAACAAGGCCUACUUCCAAGAUGAAACAGAUUUUUUCCCAAGACCCUCUAGUCCCACAAGACCCCAGUCUGGGAUGUCCUCCUCCUCUGCUAGUUCCUUGUCCUCUUCUGGAGCUGGAAAGUUUUUUGACCCUGAGCUCCUCGUCAACAAGACUCCAGACGAGCUACCAGAAGGAGUGGAUCCCACCCAGAAAGAGAAUUAUCUGUCUGACCAGGACUUUGAGAACCUGCUCGGUACUACUCGCGCAGACUUCCAGCGCUUGCCAAAGUGGCGUCAGAAUGACUUGAAGAAGAAAGCAGGAAUUUUCUGAGAAGGAAUCACACAUCUCCAGCCUGUCUGCUGAGAAAUCCGCUUGUAAACCAAACUAUACGGCAGCAUUUUAGCUUCUGACCUUCUUCUCAAUAUUUUGUUUUGCUGUCAGAGGGGUAAAAAAAAUCGACCAACAUCCCAAGUUGUUUAGAUUUAACAAAUGGUAUUUAUGAUUAUGAACAUGAAUGUAACUUGUAAUAAUUUAAAGGACGUGACUGACAUUUCUAAGAUUAUUUUUUU